AAUGCACAAACGGUCACGAGUGAACUACAAAAACACCAGGACAAGUAGCAAACAAAGCCCAACCCCAGAGUAUAUUUCAGGACAAAAAUUACAUGUCAAUCUAUGUCUCACAAACCAUAUUCCCAAAGACCUCAUCAGAGGGAUUGUGAACAAAAGACAGUUGAAAAUCAAGCCCAGAAUACCUAGGUUGUUCAGUCAAAACCCGAUGAUGAAGGAGUUGUCUUAAUCUCAUCCAUGAACAUCCGACAAACUAGUUUAUCUCCUACAGUCCUGGUGAAUGACAUUAACUAUCUCCUUAAAUAAGAAUGCAAGAUCUGUGAAGAGAGAUGCCUACAGAGAGGAUGUAGAAGUCUUCUCAAUACCAACUUCACCAAGGUUUACUUCUCAGAUGCAUAAGACCUUUACUGCAUUCCAGUCGUCUAACCAUCCUGAAACGAGAAAUAAGGCCAAAAUAGGGAUUUUCAGGCUUAAGAAAAGUCUCAAGCCUCUGACUCCGAUCACGCUUAAUACUAAUUUUGAGCCAGAGACUCAACUGAAUGCUCAAAACUUUUCUGAAUUUUUGAAAGUAAAGCGGUCAAAAAUUUGCCAAAAACCUGUUUUUAAUCGCAUCAGAGAGUUUUCGCCAGUAGUUGUGAAGCCAAAGAAGGCAGGUCCAGUAAAGCUAGUUGUCAAUAAAAAGAGGAGGAUGGACCAUCUCUCACCUGACCAGAAGCCGCAGACCCUUCUGAACUCAUCAACUGAAUACAGUGGUAUGGACAAAGAAUACGAUGGGAUUUAUCUAGGAAGCCAGAAUGAGUCCGACAGCGUCAGGAAAAUCAGAAUGAAGCCUAUUGACAAACAAGACUCCUCCUCACCAGUCAAGCACUUAAGAAUGGAAUCCCGCUGUCAGCUUGGGCACAACAAGGGAACUCAGGUGUUAGAGAAGCGGCUGCCCAGAGAGUAUAGGAAACAAGUCUCCAAGUUUAGCACCCAGAGUAACAAUGACACAUUUGAGCCCUACAAAAUGGUCAGGAGGUUUGACACUGACCUUAGCCAUCUGUUUGUAGGGCAGAAUCCCGUCCCUAACGCAGAUUUGUUAUAA